GAUCGCUGCAAGUGUCAGGCUGGCCCUGGACUUGCUUGGUCCCUCUCUACUGUAUCGGAUCAUCUACACAACUGCCCCUUCCUUGGUCCCAGCGGGAGGGACAUGAGUGUCGCUGGGCCGCCGCCUUCGGACGGGGUCUUGGCACAGCCUUCCGACGGUCUGGGGCCUGGGGAGCAGACGCCGGGUGACACUUCUCCAGAUGAAGGGUUAACAGAGGACUUGACUGUAGAAGACAAAGCUGUGGAGCAACUGGCAGAAGGAUUGCUUUCUCACUACCUGCCCGAUUUGCAGAGAUCAAAACAAGCCCUCCAGGAACUCACACAGAACCAAGUUGUAUUAUUAGACACACUGGAACAAGAGAUUUCAAAAUUUAAAGAAUGUCAUUCUAUGUUGGAUAUUAAUGCUUUGUUCACUGAAGCUAAACACUAUCAUGCCAAGUUGGUGAAUAUAAGAAAAGAAAUGCUGAUGCUUCAUGAAAAGACAUCAAAGUUAAAAAAAAGAGCACUUAAACUGCAGCAGAAGAGGCAGAAAGAAGAGUUGGAAAGGGAGCAGCAACGAGAGAAGGAAUUUGAAAGAGAAAAGCAGUUAACUGCUAAACCAGCGAAAAGGACGUGACAAGCUGAAUGUGUGUGUGUUCUUCCUUCCCCUGUCCCAUAGUCUUUGUAUUUAAGGCCACUUAAGUGUAGACUAAAGUUAAGGUAGUGCCUCUUACUAUUGUGUCCUGGUUUGAAAUCCUUUCCCCAGGAGCGCUUUCUCUAUGUGUUAAUUUUAGCCAUUUAAGAAGCUAGUUGUUUUUUUCUGAGUAGAAGACAUAAUGUCACUUGGUUUGGAUAUUUAUGGGUAAUUUUUCAACUUCCAUUUUGCUUAAUUUUAAAAUUCAUUAUUUUGUCCUUGAAUCAUUUGUAAACUGGAAUCAUUUUAUAAAAUGGUUUGGUUUUUUAAUAGUCUAGACUUUAAAUGGUAAAAAUUAGUAGGAUAUUUUUAGUUUCUUAAUAUCUGGGUUUAAAAGUUUCAGUUUCUUGUUUUAUGAAGUGAUUUGCCUUUUUGGCAGUACAAUGCUGGUUUUUGGCAAUUGACUUUUCAUUGCUUCGGUAAGAGAAAAAUGCCAACAUUUAAUCACAUAUGCUGGUGGAAAAGGGGUGGCAUAAGCUUUGUGAAGAACAUGGUAGAAAAGUAUGUACCUAGUAAAUAAUAGCAUCUUAGACGUAGGAUAGAUGAGCAAGAUGCCAGAUAGAUUCUACUAACCAUACUUUAUCUGCUCCCUAGCAUUGUUUGCUAUUUAGUUCUUAUGUAGCUUCUGGGUUCACAAUAGAUUGCUUUUCCUAGAGUUUGGGCAGGGCUGGUGGGUAAAGCUUGUCACAUACUCAUAUAUGCUUGAAUACUUAUAAUACUUAGUAAGGGUCAACACACAUUGAGAUACAGUUGUCAAGCUGAUAAGAUAGUGAGCUCAACUUCCCAAAUGGAAGAUCUAAUCGCUAGUUCUGCCCUUUGAUUUGCUGUGUGGCCUUACAUGUGGUUACUUUUUUGUGUGCUUUUAACAAAUUCUUAGUAGAAUGAUAGAUACCAACUACCAAUUUUAUAGAUAAUGACAAGAAUUGUGAAAAAUUGGUAGAUAGCUUCUUCUCAGAAGAGGCAGCAUGAUACUGUUAGUGUUUCUAGAUACCUCUCCCCCAGUAUUUUAAGUAGAGACUUACGUGAGGGAAAUAUGAAGUUUCAUUGUUUAAAAUUCAGGUAUGUACUGUUUUAGUAUUCUUUAAUAUCCAGCUGGUCUCCAAUCUAUUACACAGUGACUAUACAGAAUCUGUGAAGGUAUGUGAUGAGAAUGUGUAUCUUUUAUAAUCCACAUUACAUUUUUGAUGAGCUGGAAUCAAUACCUCUGUUCACAUAUCAGGAUAAUUAUUGAUGGAGAAGGCAUUAGACUUAAGGUGAGUGCUAAGAACUGGUUUGUUUAAAGGUUUAGUUUGUUUGAAAGCCUUUUCCUUUAAUGAAUUAAUUAUGAUCUCACAAUUCAUUUGACUUUGACAUUAUGGUAAGAAUAUAAAUGUAUUUUAUUUUUAAAGGCUACAUGUUGCCUGAAUUGCUGAAUGUACUCAUUUACAAUCUGAAAAAGGCUGGACACUGUUUCUUAGAGUGGUUUGUGGACCACCCACAAUGGUUAUUUAAAUGCUGGUUCCUGGAUACUAUCCUUAAUCUGCUGAAGCACAUCUUUUUGACUUGCUUUUUAAAAAGAGUUUCCUCAAGUGAAUACCUGCACUUUAAAAGUUGAGAACCGCUGGUCUAGUGGUCUAGGUCAGAGGUUCCCACAUUAGACUGCAUAUUAUUAUCACCGGGGAACUUUAAAAAACCCCAGCCAUUCGGGAAGAUUGUGACUCAUCAGUUCGGAGGUGGGACACAUGCAAAUUUUAAAGAGCUCUCCACACUGGUUUAGACUAUUUAGUGAUUUAUAUUUAUAAAGAGUGAAAUAGUUUAAAAAAGCCACCCAGUAACUUUUGGGGCUAAUCUUGGGAAAUAAAUUCUGAAUUGCUGCUUUUGAUAUAAAUUCAGAUUUAAGAGUGAAAUAGAUAGACAGGAAAUGAAGAAUUCUGGUUAAUUAAUUGAACUUUUUGUGACCUGUAUUAAAAUAAAAUAAAUCAUGUUUAUUGAAUAAAUGGCAGUACACAUAUGCUUUUAGAGUUGUAUUAUUUAACUUCUGAAGAUUUUUAAAAAGGUAAACAAUAUAUAGUAGCAUUCACUAUUUUUAGGUCAAUUAUAAAUCAAAGUACUGUUACCUUAGUAAUUAAAAUCUAAAACUUUAGCUGUAUUUCAGAAGCAUACAAACAUACCUUACUAAACCUGGAUGGAACCCUUACAAUUAGUCUUACUGUAUUUUUGCACAAAAUAAUGAAUUGGUAUGUGGGUUGAAAAAAAUUGCCUUUAGUUUUUGUGUUGAAAAAUACUGUCUUUGUUUUGAAACUGUAUCGUGUGUACUGAACUAAAAUGAUGAAAGUUGCUUUUGUAUUUACUUUGUAGGACAUAUCGCGUAGAUAUGCAGAUGUGGAAUGUAAUGUGCCUUGUGUCCUCAGUGAAGUUUUGGGUGGAUAUAGUUUAUAAAUACGACAGUUUUCACCCUCAUAUACUUGUCUGAUUUUUGAGGUUAUAAAAUGAAGACUACUUUUUCCACAUUUGUUUUAUAAAAGCCUCUGAAUUACCCAAAGUCAUUCACCAAGCACUACUGUGUACGCAGCACUCUAUACUUCCCUGUAUGGACAUUAUUUCAACCAUCCCACUCCUUUGCCUUCCUCUUAAUGUUCUCUGUAUAGUGUGUCACAUAAUGACUAGUUCACUCCUGAAAUGUUUUUCAGAAAGUGAUAGAAAGUGUUGUGAAAAGAUUCUAUGAACCCAACUUCAUAAAAUUUUUAUUUGAGAAUAAAAAUAAAGCUACUACUUUCAGUGGUUUGGAAGAUAGAAAGUGCUUCAUAAGGACCCCUGCAUCUCAGCCUAUAAAUAAUGGAAAAUUGCAACUAAUAGAAUAUUUUAGAUCAUGUUUGUUAUUAUUUUUUUAAUUUUGGGUCCAAGGACCCCUGGGAGAGGGACUUCUGUUGAUGAUGUUUGGAGGAGACAUGAACUCCCAUAUAUUUCUCAUGGAAUUUUGUAUAUAUGUGUUUCCCGUGACUGGGUUCGUAAGUGUGCAUGACUUCCUCCAAAGCAGUGACUCGGUAAUUAUUAAACCUCCAAACCUCAAUGUGUACAUAGUAAAAACAGUUACUUAGUUUCUAGGUUUUCCAUUUGGAUGAAGAUAGUUUCUAUAUUGUAUGUUUGUUCAGAUACCAUUUUUGUACUGACUUGACAGAUAUUAAAGACUUGUUCUCUUCCUAGCU